CGCGGCCCCGGCUUCUCCGCCCGUGCUCGCACACACGACAUCGUAUCAUUUAUAUAUAUUAUUUCGUAUAUACGCGUUUCCCGUUCGCGCGGCCGUUCCGCACCGCACAUAAUAUACUGCACAUCGUACUCUCCCCUUGCGCGCGCGCGGCGCCCGUUCGUGUUUGUGUGCGUGUGUAUGUGUGUUUGCGUGUGCGUUUCUGUGCGUGUGCGCGAAAAUUUAUUUUAUUUUUUAUUUUUUUAUUUAUUUAUUUUUUAUAAUUUUUUUUUUUUUCGUCGUAUUCCCCCAGCGUGGUGAUUUUAUUACAACGGACGUUCGACAGUCCAAACGACGCCGUGUACCGUGUGCGCGAGUGAGUGAGCGUGUGUUAUGUCCACGUACGCCGACGUUCACGGCGGCCGUCUGCGAGGCGUUUUGUCGUCCGCCUGCACCGCCGCCACUGUCGCCCGCACGGCGUAAAACCAUCCCUCGCCGCCGUUGUACCGUCCGCGCGACGGCCGAGGUGCGCCAGCCUCCGCGUAUGAUUUCAACGCCCCGACUGCAUCCUCCCGUACCGGAGAAAGGAACCGUGUGCUGUCCCCACAACCCCCUCGGACACGUAACUACCCCAGGACUUGGUACCCCACCCGUAAACCGUUUUUUGCUUAAUCGGUAACCACCCCGCGCUGAAUGUUGGACUUGACCCCGACUCAUCACACCAAACGUGUAAGUCGCACCGUCGUUUGCUGUGACUAAGUGACUUAGCAAUGGUUUCGGACCAACAAAGAUGAUAACGGUGCGCGAAAAAUGGUGAUAACGUCGUCGUCGUUGUUCCAUUACUGCUGCUGUUGGUGCGGCGGUCGCGCGGUCCAAAGCUGACACACGACACUCUGCGCCCCGCGAACAGCCCGACGAGGGUUUUCAGAUUUACAUACAUUUCGAACAACUCCAUAAGGAUAUAAUAUGUUGGGCAGCAGUUUGCACCAUCAUCGGAACAUGUCAUUCCCUCAUGGUGGUUCUGUAAUUCAUAAUAAUAUACCUCCUACCGUUAGUAAAAAAAUGGGAGGUGGCCGACUGAAUGCCGUAGUGAACAAACUCCAUUUAGCAAAACAAUGUUCAACAGAUAAUACUUUUCCAGACAUGGUUUCUGAAGAAAGCCGAUUAUCUAUAUUACAAAAUUUAUUGAAUCCUGCUCCAUCAUCAAAUUCAGAAAAGAAAAACUUACGUGCUCCUCCAGCAUUGUUUCCACUCACUUCUGAAGUAACAAUCCAACGUUACCCUGUUGUUCAUCCAAUACACGAUAGACCAUUGGAUGUUUUCCAAAGACUUAAACGUCUUGGAACAGAUAUUGAAAUGGAAGAGAUUGGAAAUGAAACAACACUGAGUCUCAUACCAGUUUCAUCAUCUCAAAGUGCUUCUGUUUCAUGCAUUCCAACAAAUAGUUUCAAAACUAACUCCCCUGCUACCAGUCUCAUAGUUCUGCCAAAAACCAAUGUGUUCAAUAAUAGGAAAAUACCAGAGCCUUCUGUUGUUCUUGAAAUGAAAGUAACUCCAAAACAAAAAGCUCAAAAUAUAUUUUUCAACGGGAAAACAGACCUAAAAAGUUAUGUGUUUUCAAUUGAUCAAUCACAAAUAAGUAUAACAAAUAAUGGACAAAAAUUAUACUCAUGUAAUGUAUGUUCAGGCAUAUAUCAACGGAGAGGUGCACUAAAAAAGCAUUAUUUAAAAGCACAUAUUAACUAUCAUUUUUUGACAUCUCGUGACUUGCAAAUAGCUGGUUUUAAAGGUGAAAGACUUGAAAAAAUGGUAGAUAAGUGGAAGAAUACAAAAGGUCAUGUUGGUUACUACCACUGCCAUAAGUGUUGUAUAUCAUAUGGUACAGCUAUAGAUUUACGGCAUCAUGUGAUGAAUCAUCCUCCUGCUUUACAAUCUAAUGCUUUGAAAAAAAUACCUGAUAUUGUUACCAAAGUUUGUGAACUAUGCUUAUAUUGUGAUAAAAAAAUUGAAAAUGAAGAAGAUCGGAAAAGCCAUUUGUCCAAGAUGCACCCUCCCAAAAGAAGAUGUCACAUAUGUACGUACUGUCAACUAAACUUUUUUGAUUUGUACACAUUACACAAACAUAUGUGUACCUCUCAUGAAGACAUGUACUAUGGCUGUGCAGAAUGUAAAGAACGAUUUAUUUCUAGAGAGUUAGCUAAAAACCAUAAAACCAUUUGUUUGAAUAACUUAUGUAUAAAACUAGAAUCUGAUAAUAAUGUGAAAAAAGAGCAUUUGAAAGAAGAACCUCCAAAAAUCGAAAUAAUAGAAUUGAAAAUAGAUGAACCUGCAAAUGUCAAUAUUAAAAAUGAAUUAUCAGAUGAGGAACCAAAAACAGAGGAGCUCAAGAAAAAUGAAGAACCAAAAACAGAGGACUUCAAGAAAAACGAGGAACCAAAAAUAGAGGAAUUCAAGAAAAAUGAAGAACCAAUUAAAGAAGAUCAAAAAAAGAAAGAAGAAUCCAAAAGUUAUCCAUUUUACUGCCCAGACUGUAAAAAAGGAUUUACUCAACAACCAAACUUAGCACGACACAUGAGUUUAGGACAUGGUAAAAAGUUGGAGUACAAAAAAUCUAAAAAGUUAUUACAGCCUUCUAAUAAAUUAAUUUUGUCCAAAAAACUUGUGAAAACUCAAGAAAAAGAAUUAAAAGACGAGAUUCAAGAUUUGUCAGCUAAUGGAACUCAAUAUGUAUUUUUGAAUAAUAAAAAUGAGCUAGUCACAAAACAAGGAGUACCAUUUGAUAUCUCUUACAUGAAUCUUGAGAUUCAAACCAGAAUCAGACGUAUGGUACCUUCGUUGUAUCCUAGUUCAUCACCAAUAGAAGAUGAUAUGAGUUCAUUAGAGGUUGAUGCAGCUUCUUCGUAUGGUUUUCCAAGUUCCCACGAUGAUGAAAGAAAAAAACUUGAAGGAUUCAGUGGGGAAUGGUUGUAUCCACGUAGUUAUAUUUGUUCAGCGUGUCCAGCUACAUGUUCCAAUAUUUGGGAUAUUUUCUACCAUAAGUGGAAUGUACAUCCUAAUGUACUUUGUCAUCAUUAUGACAUACCAUUAGAUCAGCUUCCAUCUCAAAAAUGGCGACCAGAAAGAAAUUUGAGCAGAGUAGGGUUGUUGUCUGAAUGUGAGGAACUACCAACUGGUUUGCCACAAUGUACUAAGUGUGGGAAAAUGGAAAAUGAUAUUGCCCAACUUCAUAGACAUUUGUUAGAUUGUGGUGGCGAUACUGAGUGGCUCAAGACAAUGGUUCAUACAACCAAAUCACCUAAUAGCAAAAAGUCUAGAAAAAAUUGGCGGCCUUUUAAUUUCCGAAGACGUAAGAAUGGCAGGGCUAGACAUGGUCUUAAACGAACUCCACCUACUCCGCCUUUACCAGUUGUAAAAACUAAACCUGGCGAUGCUGAAAGUGUCAGCCGCAUGAUUGCAGAUUUACCUCCUAAAAGAGUUACAAGACGUUUAGUAUUUGAGACUCCCAAUGGAAAUAAUCAAGCAACAAUAAAUAGCAAGUCUGUAUGCUCAAAGGUUCCUAUUGAUAUGAGCAGCCGUAAUCCGACUGUUUCUUCAAGUUCAACCACAUUAUUUAAUAAGAAAGUUAUGAAACCAUUGCCAGUUAAAACUGAAACUGCCAUGCUUAUUUCCGAAGCACCAGAUUUCUUACGUAGUCUUAACAUCAUGCGUGCUCCACUGAAGUCAGCUGAACAUUCACUUCCCAGUAGUAAGACAGAAACUGAAGAAAUAAUUGCCGCCAUGAAGGAAACUUUAAUGGCUUCUCCAGCACCCAUCCCUGUUAUUUUGCCUAAGAAACGUAAAAGACCUAUUUAUGACUUUAAGCAAUUAGCUGAGAAAAUUGCCAAGCAUGACCAUAAUGAAAUUCUCGAUUCAAAAGUCGAAGAAGAUAAUGACAACAUAGAAGAGUCUAUUCCUAUUCCUGUUGUAGUAAAAAAUAAAGGCAAAAAAUUGAUGAAUGAAAUAGAGGUUGGAUUGAUAAAACAAAAUAGGCUGCGAAGGAAAAGAGAAAUUCCACCUGUUCCUGAAAAGUUAGCUCCAGUUCCAUCGAAAAGAGCUAAAAUUGAAAAUAGCACAAAGAGUAUAGUUGAGUCUAUUCCAAUUAGUAAAUCCAAAAAACAGGCUUUAUCAAAGAAAACAACAAAAGUCCUCGAAAAGAAAACCAUUGAUGAUAAUUUUGUUUCUAAAAUACAAACCCGUAAUAGGAAGAAAAAUUUCAUUGAGGAGUCUUUGUCCAAUGAGGUAUUACCUUCUUGUAAAGAUGAUUCUUUAGCAAAUAAUAAUGAAUCGUCUAGUUUUGUUGACUUUGAGUCUAGUCAAGAAGUCUCUUCAUCUGAAGUUCCUCCAAAGCAAAAAACAGUUAAAGUGAAUCCUUUUAAACCAAAAGCUAGAAACAGAAGAAAACCAGGGGUUUUUUUUGGAUCAAGAAAACGAAAGCGUAACUUAAAGACUGAUAAUAAAAAACAACAGCCUACAUCAAGUAAAGUUGAUGACGCACCAUUAUUAUUACCAAAGUUAGAGUAUUCUGAUUCAACAAAUCUAAUAGUUUCAAACCUAAUUGAUAAAGUUUUACCUCAAGAAAUUAUCAAAACUGAUAAUACCGUACAAAGUGCACCUCAGGAAUUAAAAAAACCUAUUGAAAAUGAAUCCUUAAUGGCAAAUGUUAAAGAAGAAAAUAAAGCCACAGCUCCAAUUAGUGCUGAUACGACAGAGUCAAAAGAACCUGAAGAAGUAGCAGAACCACGUUGGCAUUCACAGUCUGAUGCUUUUUUUGACUUACCUUCCGCUAUUAGUUUGGGAUCAAUAUUGAGUUCAGUUAAUCAGAUAUUGGAAGGUCCUGACUGUAAUGUUGCGAGUACAGAAGUAAAUGAUUAUUCAUGGACAGAGUUACAACGUGCAAUGGGGGCCACUGAUGAAGAAAUGGCUAUAUUGCAAAAUUUUGGUUCAAACUCAUCUGAAGAAGGUCAAAAUGUGACUAGUGAAAAUUGUUUAGAUCUAUUAGACAUGGACGGUGGAGAGGACACCAAUAUCAAUCAAGAACAAACAGAUACUCAAAACAAUAGUGAAUUAAAUUUCAAAUGCAAAGUAUGUGAUCAAUGUUAUAAAGGUGUUGCAGCAUUUCGUAUUCACUCACUUGAUGUCCAUAAUAUUGAAGAUCCAGAAUUGGUUAAUGUAAUUAAAUCUGAUUACCUACUCGUGUGUUGGGUUUGCAAGCUCAUAAUGGAAGGAGGAGCAGAAGAACUCGACGAGCACAUGGCAAAAGACCAUGAAUUUGAUGAUGCUCCAAAUAGUGAAAAUGGAAAGGAGUUGAAAAAUAAAAUGGUUAGCAAGUUGGGUGAAAUAUUGGACCAAGCCUUGAAAAAUCUGAUUUCUUCUACACAAAAACCUUGUGCUGGCAAAACCUGGAGUGGUGGUGCAAUAACUUUGUUGGGAAAACUUUGCGCUCUACGCAACAACGAGAAGGGCACAACUGUAUCAAGUAGUGUUGCCAACUCUGCUCUUGCUAAAGAUUUGCGCAAAGUAAUUGGACGUAACAACAAUGGGUCUAGUGCCAGAGCUCAAUCUAGAAGAUCAAAUACGGCUCACGCUCUCCAACUAAAUGCACGUUUGGCGGCGUUGUCGGUGGCUGCCAAACGGCUAACACCUUUGGUUCGUGCCGACUGUUCGUCCAACAUUUACAAGUGUCCGAUUUGUGACAUUGGGUUUGAAACUACGAGUACUAGAAAUAAGCACAUCAGUCGAGCGCACAAUAGCCCACAGAAAUCAAACCACGUGGAGACAGCUGUUCAGCUCGAUUCGACUCUACCGUCAUUGCAGACAACUGUACUGGAAGAAACGCCCGAACCUUCUGACAAUGUGCAGCCCAUGUUUGCACUGGGUACAAUGAACCGUAGGGGACUAAAAAAGUUUAAUAGCACUUGCAGCGAAGAAGUGCGGGCGCGUGCGAAGCAAGCAUUGCGUGACCUAGAAAUUAAGUCCAGAUUGAAACAUUACACAUUUUCUGGUGACCAUCAGCCCUCGCCCAAUUGAUUUGACGUUUGUCACUGCCUUUCUGGUCACCUUGUAUGAUAAUAUUUCCAUGUUAACGGAUUGCCAAACUGUGUUCAAUUCACCCGUAACUUGUUUAUUUCAUUUCUUAUCAAGUAUAACUAAUAAUAUAAUAUAUAUAAAGGUAUUAUAUAUUUUUAAUUUUUUUUGUAAAUAAUUGAUAUUACAGGUAAUGACUACUUGUUAAUUAUGUUCAUUAAAAUAUUCCCUAUAAAGACAU